CUAGUGGUAUGUAAAUUCUCUGUACAAGCAUCCCCUAGAUUAAACAGUGUCAGUCUGUAUCUGAAUGGGCCCGAUACGAUCUUUAUUAAAACACAUCCAUCCAGAUACAGUUUCAGGUCGGUAAUGGCUUGUAAGAUAUCCAUGAGCCUACACACGGAGUUCGCACUGCUUGGCGCCUGGCGGUACAAAGUCCAUGUGGUACUAUGCUGCUGAUAUGUGGAUACAGGCCCGCGGCCUACCGCCGGCGGCAUUCGCAUCGAAUGCCGUGGUGGUAUACACGCCGGUCUAUAAGCGCAGAUCUGCCAUCUCAU